AUGGUCGCCUUGCUGACAGCCGGUGUCAGCAUUCAACUGCUUAGACUCGGCUUCGUAGUGCAUACCAUGGACGGGCAGACCAUGCGCCGUCAGGAAUCCGACAGUCUACUCAUGAUCGCAUUGACCGUUGCCGCAGCAGAAUGUCUCGUUUCGCUAGUCGGCUCACUUGCCAGUUGUCAGCUUGCCAAACUCGCCAAGAUUGACUUGCAAAGAAAGCGAGAGGGCCUUUUUCAUGUGAUAAUAUUCGAUGAUAAGGAUGUUGUUGUGGUUACGAACGACGCUAACAAGGUCGUAAAAGGUGUCAGCAGCAAUGCUGCCGGAAGUGGAGGUGUAGGCCAACAGCGAUUGGAUGGCAAUGCCACAAAUGCAUCGUCUCAAUUCACGGAACUCAGCGGAGUCCACGAUGGAAACGGGGCACCAGGAUCCCAACUAUUUCCUCGCUUUUGUGGUGGAGGCAGGGAAGGCGGAGGAGGCGGGGCGGCUGCCAAAAGUGGACAACGAGAUGCGAAUCUGAGGCUACUUGAGUGGUCAGGCCCCCUUGAAUCAAUCAGUCAGACCACAAACCUUACGGCCGUCAGGUUGUCACCAAAGCGCCCGUUAGACAGAGGACUCAGUGAGAAAGGCAUUAUGGCUGCUGAUUUGAUAGGGGCAAGUAAUGGCUGUGGAGGAAAUAAAGUAGUAAAUGGUCCUAGAUUAGUUGGAGGAACAGUGUCGAGCUCAACUCCUGCAAAUACAGGAGCAGGACGGCUCCUGACCUUUAGUAAGGAUAUGAAAAAGUCUAAUCGACUUAUACUGACAUAA